AUGCUGAGCACAUGCCCCGAACUGUGUAAAGCCAUUCGACAUCUUGUCUACAAGACCUUCUCACGCCACCUGGACCCUAGCUUUGAGCACCUUCACUGGCUCGCACAGCUCCUGGAGUACAGUCUGAAGAUGUUCAACCACCUCGCUGAUUACCAGAUACCCUUCACAUCUAGAGACUUCCUACGCUGCUCUGCUACCCCUCGGGAAACCUCGGUCCCCUUCACCCAGUUUAAACAAAGUUUAUCCACGCAGUUUACGAUGCCAAAGGAUUUACCUGCUUGUCCCCCUCACUCCGUUUUCCAGCAGUACAAGCACUCUGCCGGCUACGCGCCCGCCUCUGGCAACGCCAACGACCCCGUCGAGACCGUCCCAUAUGGUAAACGCCGCGGCAAAGAACUACGCCCGCCGACUCCAGCGCUCACUCUCUCAUUCCCACCGAACUCACACGAGGGUAGGCACCUACGUCGCGAACAGUUCCGCGAGUGCUAUGCGACCGACAAGGCCAACUUCGAGCAGCAUCUAGCUGCACGCGAAAUUCAACAGGCGCGCGAACGGAUCCUCGCCGGUCUGUCGAAGCCGACACUCAAGCAGCGUCUCGCUGCCAUCCCAUCGGUGACACAUACGCCGAUUGCCCCGAAGCUGAUACUCAUCGACUUCGACAAGCACACUCCUGCCAACCUCGUCCGCAUCUUCACACCAAAGUUCGACGGCACGCUCAAACGCAUCGACGUCUUCGAGACUCUCAAGCUCGACGACCUCAACUCCGACCAAGUCCGCAAUCUCCGCCGACUCAUCGAGCAGCUCACGCGCAUCAAGCGCUGCCUAGCGGACGUCUGUAACGUCGUCAAAUACGAGAAGUGGCGCAAGUGGGAAUUAGGGUGCAGAGGAAUAGGGGAUAUCUCAUUCAAAGGGCUACGCAAGAACAAAGCCCGGAUUGUACAAGCGCUUAGCGCAGUUUACGUGAACAGAUAUUUUGACGCAGUUAGGUUUUAUGAGAACAAAUAG